AUGGUGCGUUUCUGGGUGGUCUUGCUGAUGGCUGCCAAAACGGCCCUCAUAACCGUUGAUUGUUCGUCGACUUUUCUUGAAAAGAAUGUGGGGCUAAUGAACAAGGUUCAUUUGAAAUUCGCAGUUAGCCAUUCGCUACCGCAUUAGUUACCCCCAUUCGACAUACUUAUUUUGAGAAAAGACGGAAAUUACACGAACUACGGAAUCAGCCCAAUACUUUACAAAUGGCUCACUGCCAAACUGAACUUCACUAUUUCGUAUUAUUAUAUACCCAACCAAUACACAAACGCAAAAUACGGGGCCGUUAGUGACGCUGCUGUCAUCCUUAAUCUCUUCGCGGACAAGGAAAUCGAUGGAUCGACUAUGGGUUUGAUUGCAACUCCAGAGAGAAAAAAAUUGAUUGAUUUAGCAUACUUCAUGUGGACAGAGCCGUUCAAUAUGAUCGUGCCUAAACCAGGAGAGGAACCUCGUCUUUUCGCAUUUAUCAAACCAUUUCAAUACUGGGUGUGGCUUCUCAUAUUUAUCACGAUGCUCGCUAUGGUCAUCCUUAUGAGCCUUUUCUCGAAACUACAUCUGCAAUUCUACUCAAACGGUAGCAGUCAGGAUUCUCCCGCAUCAUCCCAAGAAAUGACGACCAUCUUUGGACGCAUCAGCGUUUAUUCCAUGUACAUCGUCAACACCAUGACAAAUCAAGGAAAUUCAGUUCCUGAUGGACGCUUUUUUUCAUCCCAAAUGCUUAUUGGGAUGUGGCUGUUAAUCGCAACCGUGUUAGUCAACAGCUAUUCUGGCACCAUCAUUUCGUACCUGACAGUGCCCAGAAUGAAACCCCCUAUAAACACAUUAGAAGACCUAGCCGCUAGUCAGGAUGUCCAUCUCGUUUUGCUGGCGGAUAACGUGAUUGGCCAGCAAAUACUGGAUGCCAAAUCUGGUGUGCUGAAAAUUUUAAGCGGGCAUAUUCAAAAUAACCGUGGCCAGGUAUUAAGAAAUGUAGAAAAAAUCAGCGAGACCCUGGAAACUGGAAAUUACGCCUUUCCAUUUCUCAAAACAUUCAGCCUCAAUUUCAUCGCUAGUCACUUCAAAAAGGAGGGCAAAUGCCGAUUUCAAGCCACCGAUCCUUUACCUUUUCAAUCCGGAUUUUGGUCUAUGCCUUUACCGAAAAACAGUAGAUAUACUCCAAUGUUUCACUACGCUCUGAUGGAAUUGUGGGAAACUGGUUUACCUCCAUUCUGGGUAAAAAACGGCUUGCCACGAGCGUCAAAAUGUUUCGCCAAAAUGAAAUUUCAACAGAAUUCGGCACGACAAGUUCCAAUUCAAUUAAACGAUCUUAUGGGAGCAUUCCUCAUUUUAGGCAUCGGUGUCGGGCUAGCCACGUUUACCUUUGUCAUGGAGAAAAUUUAUCAUUUCAUAUGCCGAUGGAAUUCAACAACUGUUCACUAUUUUUAG